AUGAUAGCGCGGUUGUCUAUCAUGCUGCAGGCUUGGGAGCGGACUCAGUCUCGAAUCAUCAUAAAAGGUGCCGGAGACAACUUCUGUGGCGGAACAGAUCUCAAAUGGCUUUUGGGUAGCAACGACCCUACAAUAAAAUCAGCGACGCACUGUGUACCAAGUGCUCGCUUAGAAGAUUUAAAAGUUGAUUUAUGUCAUUGUAAAGUUGAGGAUAUAGAAGCCUGUUGUCACACAUACAGUGAGACACUUGGAGAGUUCUCCUUAACCCCUUUCAUAAAGGAUAUCGACUAUUGUUUCUCUGCUGAUACUGUAGAAGAAAUUUUCGCGCGACUGACUAAAAUUGACAACCCUUGGUCUAAUGAGACUUUGAAAUUGUUCGAACCAUUAUGUCCUACUUCGCUUAAGGUGGCUCUUCGCGCAUUGCAACUCUGGAAGGACCUGGACCUGAAGCAGGCCUUUAUCCUCGAGCACCGAGUGCUGUCUCGCUGCAUCAACAGUUACAACGGGAAGGAAGGUCUAAGGUCGCUGCUGCUGGAGAGGACUGAUCGGCCAAACUGGCUGCCAAAGACUGUGGCUGAGGUCAGAGAUGCUAUGGUGGAUAGUUAUUUUGAACCACUGCCGGAGGGAGAAGAACUUAUGAUAACUGAUUAA